AUGGCGAAAGGACAGAGCUCCUGCAAGCGCGCUGCCGCAGAAGACUACGAGGACGACGGUGGCUUCGUUGAGGACGCUCCCAAGUCGAAGAAGUCCAAGAAUGGCGCCUCCAAACCCUCUGCCAAAUCUGCCAAGUACGAGAUGCAAAAGGACGCCGAUGGCAACGAGUACUGGGAGAUUUCAGGCAAACGCCGCCUCCAGGUCUCGGAGUUUAAGGGCAACACGAUGAUUGGCAUUCGCGAGUUCUACGAAAAGGAUGGCGAAAUGCUGCCAGGCAAGAAGGGCAUCUCCCUUAACUUGGAUCAGUUCAACGCCUUCAUUGAGUUGCUGCCACAACUCGAGGGCGUGCUCACGUCCAAAGGCAUCCAAGUCCCCAGGCCGAAGUACGAUGAGGCCUCUACCAAGAAAUCUGCGGCCAAGGAUGAGGACGCCGAUGAGGACUCUGAAGACGACGAAGAUUCGAAGCCGGCCGUGAAUUCGACUGGCAAGCUCGACAAAUCCAAGCACAAGGCCAACCACGAAGCCACGAGUGAUGAAGACGACGAGUGA